GAAAUUCAUUGCUAGGCUUCCAGAUAAGGGUAAGAAGAUCUCUGAUUUUGCUGAAAAGCUGACGCUUGCUAUUUUACAAGAGGAAGAAUUAGCAAGGACGGCUGAGCUGUUAUCUGCUGUCAGGUUGGAGUUUCAGGUGAAACAGGAGGAGAUUAAUACAAGCAAACAGCAAGUUAUCCUAAACGAGGACACACUAAACCGUGAAGAUUCCUCAGUCUUUACUGAAAACUCUAAUAUUGAAGAAGUUUCUGAGAUUUUUUCCCAAAGGCGGGAGGCAGAAUGUAUUGAGCAAAAUGCCACAAAUACAGCUCUGGAAAAUCAAAGGACUCAGAAGAAAAAUGGUAAAGACAAGACUGUUACAAAAGAUCAGAAUCUUUUUUGUGACGUCGUCUCCGAGUCAGCCAUGAGCAGUCAUCUGAAAAAUGAUCAGCAGGUAUCUCAGAGCAAUACUGAGGAUGGUACAGAAAGUACAGGUGCUUUGGACAACAGUAAAGACACGUUGGUUGAUGCCUUUCAAAAAGUUACAAUUGUAGAUGGGGAUAAUAGUGAAAAAGUAUUGGAAAAAGAGCAGAAUGUGGCUAAACAUAAGGGCAAUAUCUUUGGAAGCCUGCACCCCAAGACACCACAUUAUAUUGAAGUUCUAGAGUCUAGAGCCAAGAACCCAGUCAUAAAAAAAAGCAAAUUUAAAACAAAUGUAUUAUCAGGAGAGCAAAGUGGAUCAUCGCAUGGUUCCUCAUCCAGUCAAUCACCUGGGGGAUUUGGCUCUCCAAUUACUGCUGAAGAAAGACGACUUAGAGAUAAGAAACAUUUGAAUGACAUCACAGCAGCUCGGCUGCCACCGCUUCACCAUUCUCCUGCUAAGCUGUUAUCCAUAGAGGAAUCCAUAGCAAUUCAGAUACAGCAGAAAGAAGUUUAUGAGGAAAUGCAAGCCAAGCUUGCAGCACAGAAGCUUGCAGAGAGAUUGAAUAUAAAAAUGCUCAGGUUUGAACCAGAGGGGGAGGCCUCAAUGCAAUACAGAGAAGUGAGAGAUGAAGAUUAUUUUUCAGCAGAGGACUGAAUUCAAGAAGGGAUGUCUGAGGAUGAGCCACGUAACUGAUCUUUAUGCAGUACUUCUUAAAACCCAAACCUGGAUAUUGAGAAUGCUUGAUCUAGUCAGUUUUUUAUUAAAAUUUUAACACCUACGGGAAGGGUUCAAUAUAAACCUCAUAGAUAAAAGUGCUAUUAAGUGGUAACCCCAGUGUUAUUUGGGGACUGUUUUGAGCACUUGGGGCAGUUAAUCCUUUUGGAAUGCCUCAUAGUUUUCAGCUACAGCAAAGUGAGCUCUUUAAUACACUUUUGCAGGCUAUGGUGAGUCAUCUACAAGAGAAGGUUUCUUCUGUGCAGAAAUGUGAUUGCAAAGAGC